ACGCUUGCCUGCCGUGUUUGAAGUUGAAUAUGUUUAAAUCAGGGAUGUGGGUGGAUGUGUUUUCUUGUUCUAUUUGCGUGCUUCUUAAAGCGCACCGGAGACAUUCUUGCUGCAAUAAUCGUGCUUUUUGUGAGAAAUAGUUUGCACUGCAGGUAGGGCUGCACGAUAAUUUAUCGCGAUACCACUAAAUCCUAAAGUGAUGCAAAUCCUAUUGUAAUCGAGCUCGCUGCGAUAUGCAAUGUGUCGAUUUUUUUAUGCGUAGCUUGUCCGUGAAGCGCGGCUCUGGGAUCAGUAGGAAAUGCUGCUCGAUCUAAAAGCUUGAGUCGCUUAUAAUGUGCGUUUGAAAAAGCAACACCCGUCAAACAUGACCAUUAUAAAUUUACUUUAUCAUAAAAAUACCUGAUGAAGCUUGAGUAACAGAAAUAAAAAGAUGUCCACAGGCAUUUCCUAGAUUCUAGAAGGUGUUAUGGUCUUCUUCUGCAGUGCGUAUUUGGAGUUUCUGCACGAGAGCGCCCUCUGGCUUUCGGAUGCAGCAGCAUUUUCCCGUACUUCACUCAAAAGCUGUGCAUAAAUCACGUGAUAUAUAUCGUCGGUUUAUCGCGACAGCCCUAACUGCAGGUCUACAAAGUCAAGGCACAGGUAAUCCUCGCAGGUCCAGUGUCUUUAGAAUAAGUGUUUCAUUGCUUCCAUUUUGAGAAUAAACUUUAAUUCUAUAAACCCUUGAUGUUUAUGUGUAAUUGCACACAGUCUUUCGUUAAGGGAUUUUUUUACUUUUUAGGUGCAAUGUAACCCAACUCUCAACUCAACUUUAUUUAUAUAGCGCUUUUUACAAUUUUCAUUGUUACAAAGCAGCUGUACAUAAGACAUAUUGACUAUAAGCAAAACAAUUAAAGUUGUACCUGUAAAAACAAGAAAAAGUUGAAAACACAGAAGACAGACAUACCCACAUACAAAACACUCCACACACACAAUAUGCACACGUACUAACACACAUAGACAUAGACACACACACGGACGCGCACACACACAGACGCACGCACGCACGUACACACACACGUCUGGUUUACUAUCUCCGUGUAUGUUGAAAAUACAAACAUUUAAAGUAUAUUCUCAGUUCACAUGUGUUCCAAAUCAAUGGUCUUUGUAACCCAUAUUUAGACAUUACUUACUAAACUGUAAAAAAGGAUGACAUAGAGCAGGGGAAGCACCUCCUAGCAGCUGAGAUGUUCCUGUCAGAUACUGUUCACCAUGUGUUCAAUAAGAAAGAAAUCUUGUGUGUCAAAUUCAUACUGCUGACUUGUUUACGCCAUAGCAGACACAUCCUGUGAUUUUCAGCCUGCUGUUCCACACACAGAGACACUUGUAUUUAUUGUAACGAGGUGUUUAUAUGCGUGUACCUGCAGUUUGUUUUUGGCCCUGAAAUGAUAUCUUCUGUCUCAAAGAUCACUGGUAACUCCUUUAAUAAAGCAUUGAUUAUAUGGAAGGUGACAUGAGAAUUAGGAUACAGUGAAGAUAUCAAGUGCCCUAUAUGCUUCCUCCGCCUCAUAGUGGCACAAAGGAACCAUCUGUUGCCUCCAUCCAUAUCUCCAAUUAAACUUGGCUUCUUUCAGACCUUUGGCCUAAUCUCGAAGAGCUUUAGAAGCUGCACAAAAAGCUAUUGUAUCUUACUUAAUUAUAACCUCAGAAAUGAUCUGACCUGCCCGCUGCCAGGUGCAGUGAGGUGUGCAAAAAUCUGCAUGCCAUGAAGUCCCAUUGGAUAAGGAAAGAAACACUAGAUGCCCAUCGUGAUCGGAUAAGUGGAAAAUAACCUAACAUCUUCAGAUCAAAAAGAGAGAGUUUGUUCCUCCCCUCUGAGUUGCUGAGCUUUCUAGGUACCCUAUGAAGGAAGCAAUCUGAGCUCAGAGCUGUUUUUUAUGUACUUUUUAAACUUUACUUCCCACACCACCCCUGCGUGUCUGAGCCCAUUCGGAAGGUAACUGUUCAAAGACAGCAUGAAUCAUCCAGGAGGAUACCUUGCCGUGGCUCUGCUCCUACUCGUUCUGGUCUCAAUGUCCACGGAAAACAAUAUUAUCAGAUGGUGUACAGUGUCUGAUGUUGAAGAGCAGAAGUGUUUGGAUCUGGCUGGUAAUGCCACGGCCAGGAACAUCCGUGGACAACUACUGUGUGUGAGGGGCCAAAGUCCCACAGACUGCAUGAAACAAAUAAAGAAUGGCACUGCAGAUGCCGCCACGAUGUACGCUGAUGAGAUCUACACCGCUGGAUUCUGCUACGGCUUAGAUGUGUCUGUGGGAGAGUCUUAUAAUGGUGUGGAUGGCAUUAAUUACUACGUGGUUGCUUUGGCGCGGACAUCAUCCAGUGAUCUGUCCCUGCUGGAGAUGCACGAGCGCAGCUCCUGUCACCCAGGGAUGCGGACCACCGUGGGCUGGACCGUGCCCGUUGGCUUCCUGGUGAACACAUCACAGAUCAGCAUGGAUGAGCAGUGCAACUUCCCCCAUGUGGUAGGGGAUUUCUUUGGCUACAGCUGUGUCCCAGGAGUUAAAGACCCCGAGCAUGAUCCCAAAGGAAACAAUCCCAGAAACCUUUGUGAGGCCUGCAUUGGAGACGAGAACGACCGCCACAUCUGUGCCAACAACCCACGGGAACGACAUUUUGGGGAGACUGGAGCUCUUAGAUGUGUUGCUGAAAAUCUUGGGGAUGUUGCUUUUGUCAAGCACACUACAGUCUUUGACAACAUGCAGGGUAAGAACCAGGAGUCUUGGGCUCUGGAUCUGGAGCUGGAAGACCUGAAGCUCUUGUGUCCUGAUGGAACCGAAGCUGACCUGUUUCAAUAUGAGCGCUGCCACCUGGCUGUGGUACCAACCAAUGCGGUGGUAGUGCGCUUGGAGGACAAGUGCCGCGUUUACAAGUAUUUGGAACGUGUGCAGAAUGCUUUUGCCAAUGCUACAGAAGGAUUCUCUCUAUUCAGCUCCAUGAAUUAUGGGCAACCCGACGUGCUGUUUAGCGAUUCCACCAAAAAGCUGCUGCGUGUUAUGGGAACCUACACUUCCUGGCUGGGGCCCACUUACACAACCAUACUGAAGGCUUUUGAGUGUGAAGGUUUGUGUUGAUCUUAUGAGGAAAGAGGAUACUAUAGAUUUCCCACCAUCCCUCUCUCUCACACUUACCCUAAACCACUCUGUGUAAAAUGUUUUACCCUGGUAUAUGGGCUGAAUGCCAUAUCUCUUUUGUUAGUAGUUUUCCUAAUAUUGUUCCGUACCUACAGUAUUCAUCUGAAUAUACAAUAUCUGGUAUGUCUACUGUGCCUCUACAACUCUUUGCCGCCUUCUGUUUAAUACAAAAACAAAAGCCAAAAGAUACAAACUUAUACACAGAAAAGCAUUGCAGGGGAUCACGAUUCUGUUUUUAAGCUUUGCUGGCGUUAGUAAGUCCUUGCAAUUCAAGACACAACUUGAAUGAGCAUCUGCCAGAGGAUCUGAAGCUUUUUGAUCAUGAAAUCUAUAGUGUAACUUUGGAUCUUCAGGUAGUGCAUCUUUUGCUUGAAACAUGCUCUAGAUUUGACGUAAAUUUGCAGUAUAAGAAGUUUAUUAUGUUUAUUAAGGCAAUACAUAAUCUUUGAGAAGCAGUCGAUCAUCUUCUGGAAAAGGUGCUCUGUGUUGAGCAGAAAAACCAUUUUGCAUUUAUGGUUUUAACAACGGGUUCUUUAACGGUGCUGUUUCCUGAACCUUCAGGAUAACGUAAUACCAACUUGAACAAAACUACUCUGUAAAUAGUGAUGUCACUUUUAGAUUUGUAGAACUUUCUCUUAAUUAUAAAAAUAUGUUGACGGUCAGUUGUUUUCCUCAUUUCUGUAUUUUACAUAGCAUUUGUGCAUUGUAGCUAAUUCGCCCCCAUGUCAAUCAAAACGUGUAUAAGUCUCUUUCUCCUGUGAAACACAAGAGAAGAUAUUUUAAAAAAAUGUCUUGGUGAAUUUAUGUCCAUACAAUGAAAGUCGAUGGGGUCCUAUGUUGUUUGGUUACCUACAUUCUUCGAAAUAUCUUCGUUUGUGUUCAGCAAAAGAAAGAAAGUCAUACAGGUUUGAAAUUACAUAAGGGUGAGUAAAUAAUGAAAGAAUGUUGAUUUUGGAUGAACUGUCCCUUUAAAUGUGGACUUUGGGCCAAUUGUACCAGCACCCUUGAAAACAUUUGUCAGAAACACAGACACAUUUCUCAUAAUUUGUUUAUUUUGAAGUUGUAUUCUUUCUCCUCUCAGGCUCAGUCAGCAGCAGUAGACAUGACAAUUAAAAGCUGUU